UUUACUGUUACUGUCAGAUGUUUCAAAAUUUUCUUCGCUGAUGGUUGAUGGAAUAAAUAAUUUUUAAAUAAAUUCAUAAACACGGUAAACACGUACUUUUGAACCAAUUAAAAAUGUUUUCCUAACGUGUAACCGAUAGUGAAGUGAUGAGAAUUUUCGUUUUAUUGGUAUAUAAAGUUAUUGCUCGUGUGUUGGACGUCUUGAACAAGUUUUUUAACGUGCCCAGGCUUCGACACCUUCGUGAGGUUGUGGACAUAAGUGCAGAGGACAUGAGCGAAGAAAACGGAGAUUCUGUCGCUCCCGAGACCACUCGUAGUGAGUACUGCUUCCGGCCGUUUGAAGUACGACGGAUAAAACGGUUAUCUGGUUUAAAAAAGUCCCGGCCGUUCCCACGGAGUGGCCACCGGAUCGUCUGCAACGAUUCGGCUUUGUAUUGCUUUGGAGGAUUUAAUCCGAAUAUGGCAGUGGUUAACAAUGACGACGAUGACGCUUCCUCCCUGUUCCAAGAGCUGUGGAAGUACGACUUGAUCAGAAACGAAUGGACGCUGCUGAUGGAUCCGAGUAAUGAUUUACCGCAGGAACUGGCUUCAAAUGCGAUGAUUUUGCAUGACGAUGUUCUGAUCCUUUUCGGAGGGACUGGAUUCCCGUUUGGAGUGAAUUGUUCGAAUCGGUUGUACGUAUGUAAGCCCGGGACAAAACCGAAGGAAAUGACCGAAAUAGCCGUCAAAGGUGAUCUUCCCCCGGCACAAUACGGCCAAACUAUUCUAUAUCAUGAUGGCUUUCUUUACACAAUUGGAGGAACAGAAGGCUUUGACUACACAUGCGAUGUUUACAGAUUAAACGUUGCUACCAGGACAUGGGAAUGUGCCUACGCAUGUCGCCAGGAUAUCCGCGACGAUCCCCCUGGGCGGUACAGACAUGAAAUAGCAUUCGAUGGUGAACGGAUUUACAUAAUAGGCGGAGGAACGAGUGAAGCGGCAUUCAGUUUAUCGUCGAUUCCGACAUACCACAUACGGCAAAAUGCGUGGACUUAUACGGAAACUAAACCCGACCCUAAUUUACCACGCCCGGGAGUGCCGGCAGCAAGGAAGUGUCAUUCGUGUGUUCAAUAUCAGACUGAUGUGGGAACGGAAGUUGUUGUCACCGGCGGAUAUGACGGUCGCUUAUACUACAAGGAUAUCUGGAAACUGAAUCUUUCCACGUUGGAAUGGCGAUUGAUGCAAAAGGCCAAUCUCCCCUACCCGAUAUUUUUCCACGACGCGGCGACCAGUUCCGCAGGGUGCAUGUAUAUUUUCGGGGGCAUAAAAUUUACCUACAACAACAACGUCCGGACAAACAUCGUGUAUAAGACGUGGAUGACAAUUCCGAAGCUUAGUGAAAUUUGUUGGGAAGCUAUACAGCACUACAACCCUAGCAUUGUUAAUAGAACGACUAAUGACUUGCUGGAAGCGGGAAUUCCUCUGAAAUUUGUGCAAAGGAUUUGCUAAACGUAGUUUUUCUCAAAACAUAUUUUGGUAUUAAUUGUUAUUGGCAAAGCUUUUACUAUUUAUUCGGUAGUAAUUUCUUGAUCGUGAAUACAUCUUCAAGUUUGAA